AUGUCGUAUCGCCCAGGUAAAGGUACAGAGAUAGACUUUUUGUCCGUUUAUUUAUAAUUUUAUCGUGUUUUAGGCUCUACUGGAUAUGAUAAUCAUGGUCAAUUCCUUGAACAACAAAAUGACCAGCUGACAGAGGACCUUCAUUCCAAGGUCCAGCAAUUGAAAAGGGUAACAAUAGCAAUUGGAGACGAUGUGCGAGAGCAAAAUAGGCUUCUUAGUUCUAUGGUAAGUUUUUGGCUUGGCUUUUGAGGUUUAGGUGAUGGAUGGAAAAAUGAGAUAUUAAUUUUGGUUGUCCUUGCAAGAAUUUGUAAAGACGAUCGGGGUUGUCCUUCAAAAGACCUCUAACUUGCCAAAUUUGGUACAGAGUUGCUUCAUGUGGUUUACAAUCGAUGUAUUAUGUCUAGGCUUGAUCAGAGUUUCGUAAAUUUUGUUAUGGCCUAUUUUUGAUAUUGUUCAUAACAGUUGAUUCAAAAAAUAUACAGCCAGCCGUUUUCGAGGUUUGAAACACACAGAGUACGUUUAAUGUGCCCUAUAACUGUUUAUAAUUGAAAUUUACCUCUCUUACUGUUCCUUUUCAGGAGGGCGACUUUGAUCUUUCCAACACACUUCUCGGACAAACGAUGAAGAAACUAGGAUUGGUGUCACGUGCCGGUGGUAAGUAGUUUCUUCAUUGUUUUUUUCAUUUUUAGAAUACAAAGUUCAUCAUUUUGACCUUACCAAAUUUUAGGUAACAGAGUUCUAUGUUAUCUGGUUCUCUUCGCCUUCUUCGUGUUCCUUGUGGUCUACUACUUGGCACGAGGGUAG